CGUUUUGGGUCUGUGGUAGACGCUGUCCGGUAUGAGCGGCCUCCGGUCCGCCCUCGGCUCCGCUGCUAUAGCGGUGCUGGGGCUCGGCUUCGGGCUGUGGUUCGCCAUGGUUCCAGCAGAACACAGGAGGAAGGAUCUCAAGACUUUACCUGGAUCACACACAGUGAAGACGGAGGCUCUGAUGGUGCAGAUGCUUAAGGAUGCUGCAGAAAGCAAAGACAACCUGGCAAGAGACCUGAAAGGCCCCUUCAAGUAAAGGGACCACAGCUCUGGGUCUGCUGCAGGUGCCUGCUCCAACAAAGAUGGACGUCAGUUUAUUUUACAGUGAGAUUGUUGUGAAAGGGAUUCACCAUGAAAUAUACUCUGAUCAUUUUCA